AUGUCCUGGUACUUUUUGGAGUCCAUGAUGCCAUCAAAACCCAAACCAACUGUGAGAUUAGAACCUCAGAACUUCAUCUUCACUGGAGACACCGUUACUCUGACCUGUGAUCUGGAUCAGUCUACAGGAUGGACUUUCAUCUGGUACAGAAAUGAUCAGGAAGUAAAUCCUCAGAUCUCUGCAGAUAAAACCAACAAACUCAGUGAGAAACUUUCUAAUGCAGGAACAACAAAGUACAAAUGUAGAGCACAAAGAUUAAACUACUACAAUAACAACAAAUACAACUACGACUCAGACUACAGUGAUCAAGUUACUGUUACAGUUAAAGAGAGACCAAAAGCUGCUGUGAUCAUAAAUCCUGAUAAUCACGUGUUUGUAGGAGAGGUUGUUACUCUCACAUGUAACAUAGUGAAUGGAGGAGGUGUCCAGAACUGGAGGUACAGCUGGAAUAAAGGAGGUUCAGACCAAACUGUCAGUAAUGAUCAGCAGUACAGAAUCAGUGAUGUUACAGAGAAUCAUGCAGGUAAAUACACCUGUACAGGAACAGAGACAGGAGGCUCACGUUCCUCACACCCCAGUGAUGUUGUUCUACUGACUGUAUCAGCAAAACCCAAACCAACUGUGAGAUUAGAACCUCAGAACUUCAUCUACACUGGAGACACCGUUACUCUGACCUGUGAUCUGAAUCAGUCUACAGGAUGGACUUUCUUCUGGUACAAAAAUGAUCAGGAAGUAAAUCGUCAGAUCUCUGCAGAUAAAAUCACCACCAACAAACUCGAGAGACUAAAAAUCACUGUGGCCAUCUAUCUUGAUAAUCACGUGUUUAUAGGAGACUCUGUUAAUCUCACAUGUAACAUAGAGAAUGGAGGAGGUGUCCAGUACUGGAGGUACAGCUGGAAUAAAGAAGGUUCAGACCAAACUGUCAGUAAUGAUCAGCAGUACAGAAUCAGUGAUGUUACAGAGAAUCAUGCAGGUAAAUACACCUGUACAGGAACAGAGACAGGAGGCUCACGUUCCUCACACCCCAGUGAUGCUGUUCUACUGACUGUAUCAGAGAGACCAAAACCCACUGUGAUCAUAAAUCCUGAUAAUCACGUGUUUAUAGAUGAGAUUGUUACUCUCACAUGUAACAUAGAGAAUGGAGGAGGCGUCCAGAACUGGAGGUACAGCUGGAAUAAAGAAGGUUCAGACCAAACUGUCAGUAAUGAUCAGCAGUACAGAAUCAGUGAUGUUACAGAGAAUCAUGCAGGUAAAUACACCUGUACAGGAACAGAGACAGGAGGAUCACGUUCCUCACACCCCAGUUCUGUUCUACUGACUGUAUCAGAGAGACCAAAACCCACUGUGAUCAUAUAUCCUGGUAAUCACGUGUUUAGAGGAGAGAUUGUUACUCUCACAUGUAACAUAGAGAAUGGAGGACGUGUCCAGAACUGGAGGUACAGCUGGAAUAAAGAAGGUUCAGAACAAACUGUCAGUAAUAAACAGAAGUACAAAAUCAAUAGUGUUAUAGUAGCUGAUGCAGGUAAAUACACCUGUACAGGAACAGAGACAGGAGGCUCACGUUCCUCACACCCCAGUGAUGCUGUUCUACUGACUGUAUCAGAGAGACCAAAACCCACUGUUACCAUAAAUCCUGAUAAUCACGUGUUUGUAGGAGAGAUUGUUACUCUCACAUGUAACAUAGAGAAUGGAGGAGGUGUCCAGUACUGGAGGUACAGCUGGAAUAAAGAAGGUUCAGCCCAAACUGUCAGUAAUGGUCAGCAGUACAGAAUCAGUGAUGUUACAGAGAAUCAUGCAGGUAAAUACACCUGUACAGGAACAGAGACAGUAGGAUCACGUUCCUCACACCCCAGUGAUGCUGUUCUACUGACUGUAUCAGCAAAACCCAAACCAACUGUGAGAUUAGAACCUCAGAACUUCAUCUACACUGGAGACACCGUUACUCUGACCUGUGAUCUGUGGUCUACAGGAUGGACUUUCACCUGGUACAGAAAUAAUUGGGAAGUAAAUCCUCAGAUCUCUGCAGAUAAAACCAACAAACUCAGUGAGAAACUUUAUUAUACAGGAACAACAAAGUACAAAUGUAGAGCACAAAGAUUAAACUACUACUACAGCUACUUCAACUACAAAUACUACGACUCAGAGUUCAGUGAUCCAGUUACUGUUACAGUUGAAGGUUUACCAAAACCCACUGUAACCACAAAUCCUGAUAAUCACGUGUUUAUAGGAGAGACUGUUACUCUUACAUGUAACAUAGAGAAUGGAGGAGGUGUCCAGAACUGGAGGUACAGCUGGAAUAAAGAAGGUUCAGACCAAACUGUCAGUAAUGAUCAGCAGUACAUAAUCAGUGAUGUUACAGAGAAUCAUGCAGGUAAAUACACCUGUACAGGAAGAGAGACAGGAGGCUCACGUUCCUCACACCCCAGUGAUGUUGUUCUACUGACUGUAUCAGAAAAACUAAAACCUGAACUCACAUCUAACCAUAAAGUAGCUGCACUAGCAGGAAACUUAGUGCUUCUGUACUGUGAAGUGAACCCAACUGCUGGAUGGAACUUCUACUGGUACAAACACACACAGAACACUGAGACUGAGACUACAACACACCCCUCCUACACCAUCUACUCAGUUAGUGUCUCUGAUGGAGGCCAGUACUGGUGCAGAGCCGGAAGAGGAAACCCAGUCUAUUACACACAUUACAGCAAUGCACUCUGGGUAAAUGUUACUGGUGAAUCUUCUUCAGUUUCUCUGAUCAUCAGUCCCAGCAGAACUCAACACUUUACUGAUGAAUCUCUCUCACUGAGCUGUGUGGAUCAGAGUAAAUCUACUGAAUGGAGAGUGAGAAGAUACACUGACCAUCAGGGAGUGUUAGACUGUUCAUCAGUAUCAGGAUCAGCUAGAGAAUCUACAUGCAACAUCAGCUCCCUCAGCACAUCCCACACUGGAGUGUACUGGUGUGAAUCUGAAUCUGGAGGCAGUAAUCCUGUCAACAUCACAGUACAUGAUGGUGACGUGAUUCUGGAGAGUCCUGUUCAUCCUCUUACUGAAGGAGAAUCUCUUACUUUACACUGUCUGCAUCACAAAACUAAACCCUCAAACCUCCGAGCUGAUUUCUAUAAAGAUGGAUCAGUCGUGCAGAACCAGACCUCAGGAGAGAUGAUGAUCCAUCAAGUCUCAAAGUCAGAUGAAGGUUUCUACCACUGUAAAUACCCCGAGGGAGGAGACUCACCAAAGAGUUGGGUGAUCAUCAGAGGUGAUACAGACACCACUAUUAUAGGAGUUGCUGUAGGAUUAAGUUCAGCUUUGUUGCUGCUCGUGCUGAUAAUCUUACUUUGUCGCUACAAGAGGAACAAAGAUGAUUCUGCUGCUGUCAACUCCAGCAGUGCAGCACAUGAUCAGAAUGAUACUGCCCCUGAGCCCAGUGAUGUUACUUAUGCUGCAAUUGACCUGAAAACCAAGAAGAAACAAAAGAAAAACAAAGAUGCUGUCAGGGGAGCAAAGGAUGUCCUAUACUCUGAUAUUAAUCUGAAAGACCUGAAAACUCCCAUUAAAGGAAAGACAAGUGUGGUUGCUGACACCGUUUAUUCAGAACUGAAGCAAAACACAGACAAAGCUGGAUUCACUAUUUCAGGUGAUUCCUCUGAAGCCACUGAUUCGACAUAUGCACAGGUUAAUAAAAAGAGCAAGCAAGGUAAAACGGCUGAAUGA